ACACUGGUGAAUUCUUCUUAUUUUAGAGUGAAUUUAAUUGAAUUUAAAAAUAGCUACCUGAUGCAAAUAAACAGCUCUACACAAGGAUGUGGAGAGAAUGAGAAAGCAGGAAUGCUAAUCGGGAACGUAUUUAUAAUUUAUUCGCCGCAAUGUUCUACUUUAAGUUCGCCUACUAUGGCUAACUUGUCCAAUUUAGAUGAAAGACAACUUGUGAUGUAUAUCAGAAAUACAUGUAAUGGUCUGAGUAGUUGUCUUCUGGUAAAAGAAAAUCUGCAGCUGAAAACAACAUGUGGCAACUUUUGUACUUGCCUAGUGAUGUAUUAUGAUAUAUAUUACUCGUGCUAUCCUGUUGUUCCAGAUAACAAGAAAACUUUUGACAUGUCCAAGGACUUCAACACCACUUUUGACACACAUACGGCGGACAUUAAUGUUUACCUGGUGCUCCAGAGACAGCAUCUUGUAUAUAAUCGAACAUGCUGUGUAGAGGCGAACGGAAUUAGCAUUAACGUUAGAUUCAUGAACAUGCCAUCUGCUUUAACAGUGCAGUUUAAUGGCGCUACCGAAAUCCUAGAUGACAGACUCUAUAACCUUUCUAAGAGGUUUUUUGAUGUUGUUAAGCUGUGUUUUACACAGAAGACUCUUAUGGAGCCUCUUUGGUUUCAUCUCACAGAUGCGAGUGCAAACCAAAUCUUUAGAAUCAGCUGCCGAGGAGAGAAAAGCAACAUCACAGGGACUGAUAUAGAGGAUUAUUCAGGUACAUUCAUUAGGAUUGCUGUAAGCCUUAUUAUUGGUCUUCUAUUCUUCGCGUGUCUUGUGCUUGUUUUUCACAAACAAAUUUGUAAAAGACGCUGCGACAUUGUAGAAUCUAUGCAUUCUUACGAUUUACACUAUAAUAGUGCCAACUGGACAGACACAACACAUGAAGACGAGCAUCUGUAUGGACAAGUGAUCUCUGUGGCUGGAGCCCCCGGUGAUGACACAUCUAACUACACUGAGUUGACGGAAUAGUGGAUAAGAUGUCAGUUGUGAAAGAUUUGUCGAGUCACAUUUGAACCAGCAUACAUCUUUUUCAUCUCCUGAUGUCAUACUGUGUAAAUUUUCAUUAGUGUAAUAUUUUGAAUUGUUGGAUCUCAUCUUGUCUUGGGAAAUAUAAUUGUAAAAAUAAUGCUAGAUCUUCACGGUUCUUUUCGACACGAAUCUGCGUGUUCGUGUAUUUGGGAGGGGUGGGGCGGGGGCUACGAUUUUGAGAAUAUAAAUAACAUGAACAUGAACAUGAACAUAACCACAACCUCAACCCUAACGUAAUCACAAACAUAAACAAAACCCACUAUAAACACAAAUUUGGAUUUGUUUUUAAAAUGUGAUUUUAAUUUUUAAUACUGUUUAUAGGCAAAAUGAACUCGCCGGUGGAAGCACCCGAUUCGGGUUAGUGAACGAUUAUAUUAGCUCGUCUUAUCCUCUCCUUAGUACGAUAAGACAAAGACUGCCCUAACUUUCAACAACAUCACUACACUAAAACGUCACAUUCUUGAUUUCUGAGUCAAAAACUCCACUCUUUUAUUAAAGCAAACCCUUUCACAACACACAUACUCUCGUACCCUUGCAAUACUCUAGUACUAUUCGUAUCCCCAUAUCCCUCAAUCUAAUAUC